GGGGAAGUCCAAGUAAGAAUUAAAUAAAUUAGAAAUGGAUUCUUACGGUAGGCUUUGAUGACUAGGUCUAGAUACAAAGAGGUUAAACAAAAUGGCAAAGGUAUUGACGGCCUUCAGUCAGAAUGAAGCCAGCAGGUAUUGCUUUGUGAAGAAUGAGGAUAAGAAAGAUCCUUUUGCCUAUGAUUUGGUGUUGAAGUUCAAGGUUAUCAAUAAUGACGAAGAGGACUUUGAGUACAAGCUAGUCAAAAGUAAAAAGAGCCCUACAGAUUGGAAGGAGUUCAAAUCUUCACUCACAAAUGAAAUUGAGCAAAUAACAAGCUUCAAAUAAAUACUUCAAAAAGGCUAAAAGUUAUGAGCUCCAAGAAGAGGAGAACUUUGAUGAAAUCCUCACCAGAAUCAGCUCUCCAAUCCAAGAAACUUUCGAAGAGACUUUGGCAGACAAGCCCUGUCUUGUCUACUUAGAAAUAGACAAUGAAUCUUACAAAUUCAUUGUGUAUUCUUCAAAUAAAGACGAAACUAACCAAAUGAUAGAUACACUCUCCCAAUUAGAGAAUGAGAUCAUCAACAAGAGUGAAACUGAGUCAGAUGAAGAGCAUUACCUCCAAAGAAAUGACCUUGACACCGACAUCUUCAAACUCAUCCCGAUUAAGAUGAAGCAUCCCCUCAACUCAAUCCAAGGAUAUGGGCUUUUAAGAGCGUAUUUGAUGUCCCUCGACCAAGAAGAGAGGACUAAACACUUUGUCAAAGUUUGUGGGAAGAACUUAUCUAUGAUUUACAAGAUAAGAAGAGACACACUUGAUGAAGACCAUAAAAGCAGCAAGGAGCUUAUCGCAGAAUUAAAAGGGAUCAGAAGCAAAAUAUUGGAAGCACUCAAAGUCGCCCAGCAAGAAUUUGUCUUUGAGAGAAAUGAAUACAAGUUCAAAAGAAUCACUGAAAAAUACAAGAAAUUGCACUCGAACAAAGGCAACUCUCUCAGCUAUGUUUGGACUCGAGAGCCUGUCAAGAGCAUUCUCAUUUUUAACCAUGACAGAUGCAGAGCCUCUAUAUUCUCACUAUCCCAAGAUCAAGUCAGUGUCAUCAUGAAAGAGCUUGAAGAGUGCAGGCAGGCUAUCGACAAUCAAGAAUUUGAACUCGACGAGCUUGAAAAUGCUGACAUCCCAAAGUGAUACCAACAACCCAUUAAUGACAUUUUCGCAGAGCUUUUAGAGCAAAACCAAUGCAAAAUUGAGUAUCAUGAAGAUUGUGAUCAAAAGUGCAACAUUAAGAAAGUCCUGGUCAAUACAAGUCUAGAAGAUUCUGAAAUAUUGAGGUCGAAGCUUCGUCAAAUUCUCUGUGACAUAAAAACAGAGACGUUUCACCUCUCAAGCCAAGACUUGGUAGAUGCAAUUUGCAAAAUUAAAACAAGCGAAAAAUAUUUCUUCGAAGAAUUGGCUCUUCCUGACCAAGUUAUAUGGGUAUUCAAACCAAACAUCAAGCUACUUCAACUAACAGCAAGCAAAGAUCUGAUUCUCAAAAUAAAGGAAGAGCUCAAUUAUUACUUUACUUCUCUUAAGGUUGAAGAACUCACAUUCAUGAACUCUCAUGUGACUGAAAAGGAUUUUGAUGAGUAUUUCCAGGAGCACCAGUUCAAAGGAAUUCAUGUUCAAACAAAAGAUGGCAAGAGACUUAAGCUAUUAAAUUUUAAUGAAAACAAGAUGAAUAGGGCUAUUAACAAAAUCAGAAACCACUUUGACCAGUACAUUAUCUCAAAGAAAGAAUUCAAUCUCAUAGGGAUGACACUUCUUGAGAAAGACCUUGUUUUUGAACAGUUGAGAGCCAAAUGUUACAAAGAAAACUUCUGUGAAGAGUCUAAAUUGAGUUUCAUUCAUUUCGAAUGCUUUGAGGAUCAUAGCACUGACAAUCCAAACUUUAGACACAGCAUCAGAGUCUAUUAUAAAACAAGUAAUAAAUACUCAGAGAAGCUCCAAAAGUUUAUCCAAGAUCUUAACAACUGUAUUAAAAGCACCUUGGUUAAAGAAGAGGUUGAUGAUGAAAGAACUCUGGAACAUCUCAAAGACAAUGAUCUGUACGAUUAUUCAGACUGGUCGCGCACUGAAUAUAGUAAAGAAGAUGAACCUGAACAGGAAGCACCUAGUUACUACGGAACUUGGAAUUGCAUAUUAUAUUCAAUUGAGGAAGAAGGACGGUUUAAAGUGUUUGUUCAAGGUGACCAAGAAAGUAAAGACACAUUCUUAGAACAUCUCAAAUAUGAAGCAAGAAAUCUUGAAGGAGGGGAGAUCAAAAAGAGAAUUGAAGAAAAACUUAUUGGAUUCUUCCAUGAUCUUCCAGAAGAAAACCAGACAAAUAUUAUUAAUGAAAUCCAAGACAACUGUGAUGUUACAUUUGUCUUUGAUGGAGAGCAAUAUUAUAUUCAAGGCCAAAAUAUCGUGGGUGCCAUGACUCAAUUCAGAGAGAAGGUUAUUCCAAGAUAUGAAAACUCUGAGAUCGAAUAUCCAAAGGAGUUCCCUUGGGAUAAGAUAGAAGAAUUAGAAGAGAAUAAAAACGUAAUCCCAAUAGAUUUAGACCCUGCCUCUAAUGAGUUUGCGCACAUAGAGAAUAUAUUCAAAGAUUCCCUCCUCAACUAUGACGGAUGGCUCAGAGAAAAUUGCGAAAUCAUUAAAAUAACGAGAAUCCAAAGCUAUAACUUGUAUAAGAGAUAUUACUUCGCAAAGAAGAGAAUUGAAGAGAAAUACCAACAAUUUACUGAAGAACAGAUGAGUUGUCUGAAUUAUAAAAGUGAACUUUUACUAUUUCAUGGCACAAACCAAACUCCUCCCCACAUAAUCUAUAAUUCCCAAGAGGGCAUUGAUAGAAGGUUCACCUCCGCUGCAGCUUAUGGAUAUGGUUCUUAUUUUGCUGUAAUUUCAGGCUAUUCCUGUCUGGAUAGGUUUGUCUACGAAGACAAUGGAGAAUACAGAAUCCUUGUAUGCAGAGUCUUUGUUGGAAAUUAUACUACUAAGAAUAAACUUGAUGGUAAAACACAAAGUAUCCUGGGAGUUAAUCCACUAACAAAUCUCAGAUACGACAGCGUUACUGAUCAACUUAAAGAUGAGAAGAGCAGACAGAUGUUUGUAGUUUUUAAGAACGAGCAAUCAUACCCACAAUGGGAGAUUGUUUUUAAAAAAAAGAGUUAAAUUUUGAUAAUUUCAUUCAA